GGACGUUUUGAAUCCCUAUACAUAUCCAUGUGUUAUGAAUUAGUCGCGAUCGAACUCGUUGACGGUGACGAUCUAGAUUUUGCAACGUCGUGCGAGAUCGAUAAUUGCUCGCGGCGUGCGUACAGGCAACUGUUGAUGCAAGGUGAGCACACGACGAGAAACAACAACAAUUGCGAGAAAGAGAGAGAGAGAAGAGCAACCGUGGCCUUGUCCGUGCGAUACGCAAAAGGAGUUGAGCUCUGGCGAUACGUUCAAUACCUACAGGCAACUCGCAACUGGUGCAACGCGUCCGACGCGCGGACGAGAGAGAAAUUCGACUCGCGAACGCGUGCGUCGAGAGUCGCUCAAUCGAGUCGAUAACUCCGUGCCUGACGGAUCAUCGCCGCUCGUAAGCACGCUCAAAAGUCCCGACGAGAAUCAUCGACAUUAGCGGCGCGACAAUGAUUCGCCAGCUGCUCGCGCUCUCGCUCUUGAUUUCGGCCGCGAGUGCCACCUUCUCGCAAAAGCCAAAGUCCAAGCCGCUGCUGCCCGAGUACGAUUUCGUGAUAAUCGGCGCGGGAUCGGCCGGUUCGGUCCUGGCCAAUCGAUUGAGCGAAGUUGGCCAGUGGAACAUUUUGGUGCUCGAAGCCGGCGACGAGGAGGAGUCCAUGUCCGUUCUGAGGCUGUCCAAUGUGCCCCUCAUGGCCUCGUCUCUCUACGGCUCCAGCUUCGAUUGGGGAUAUCAGACCAAACCAAAUCGCAAUCGAACGAGCGGCUACUGUCUCGCCAUGACCAACCAAAAGUGCAACUGGCCAAGGGGCAAAGUCGUCGGUGGAACGUCGGUCAUCAAUUACAUGAUCUAUUCCCGGGGUACUCGUUACGAUUUCGACGAGUGGGAAAGACUGGGAAAUCCAGGCUGGUCCUAUCGAGACGUUCUGCCCUACUUCAUGAAAUCAGAAAAGUGCGGACUCACAGAGAUCUACGAUGCAAGAUUCCACGGCAGAGGAGGAUACCUCGACGUGAGCCACGUGCCUUACGACUCGCCGCUGAUCGAGCCUUUCAUACGCUCGGGCUUCGAAUUCGGCUACAGGAUGACGGAUUACAACGCCGCAGGCGGUCUGGGCUUCUCACCCGUACAAGCGAACCUGCGAGACGGAGCUCGAUUCAGCGCCAAUCGAGCUUUCCUCAAGCCGAUCCGCGUGCGCAACAAUCUCUCGCUGGUGACGAAAGCUCACGUCAUGAAGAUACUCAUCAAUCCGACCACUCGACGAGCCACCCACGUGAGAUUCGCUCACGCCGGAUCGAUACACACGAUCAGAGCCAGGUACGAGAUCAUCCUGUCGGCGGGAACUCUGAACUCGCCGCAGAUCCUCAUGCUGUCGGGUAUAGGGCCCGCGGACCACUUGGAGAGCCACGGCAUCACAGUAUUCGAGGAUCUGCCCGUCGGACUGAAUCUGCGCGAUCACGUCAGCAUGGGCGCGCUGACUUUCGUGGUCAACGACACCGUCACCAUCAAGGAGAACAGAUUGAAAUCGAUCUCGCUCUGGUCGUUCUUCGAGCUCAUCAAAUAUUAUGGACUUGGAAAGGGCUCGUUCACUGCGCCUGGAGGAGCCGUCGCCUUAGCUUUCAUACACACCGACAGCUUCUUGAAAGAUAUCCCACCACCCAUCGACUACCCGGACAUCGAACUAGUCCUGGGAGCCGGCGCUUUGACCGGCGACGAGAGCGGCUAUUUGCGACGCGAGCUUGGCCUGAGCGAGCAAUUCGAUCGGGAAGUUUUUGGACGCGCCAAGGGAAAAGUCGAUGCCUUCAGCAUCGUGCCGGUGCUCAUGAGGCCCAAGAGUCGCGGCCGAGUCAGCCUGGCCAGUCGAGAUCCCUUCCAGCCACCGGUGCUCGAGCCCAACUAUUACGAGAGUCACGAGGAUCUGCUCACGAUGGUUCGCGGCAUCAAAUCGGCGAUCAAAGUAGCCUACAGCAGGCCGUUCAGGCGCUUCAACACUCAGCUGUACAACGUCCCCUUCCCGGGCUGCCGUCACCUGCGAUUCGGCUCCGACGAAUACUGGCUGUGCGCGGCGCGCCGCGUCUCCACGACCCUGGGCCACUUCACCAGCACCUGCAAGAUGGGCCCGCGCGACCAGGGCGGCGUCGUCGACCCGCGACUUCGAGUCUACGGCAUCAGGGGCCUGCGCGUCGUCGACGCCAGCGUCAUGCCGGAGAUCAUCGCCGGCCACACGUGCGCGCCCGCCUACAUGAUCGCCGAGAAGGCCGCCGAUAUGAUCAAGGAAGAUUACCGGGUGAGAAUAUUGACUCACUUGGGUUAAAGCGGGGCGAGUAUUUAUAGGAGAAGAAAUUCAUAAGACUGACCAAAAAUGCUUCUAGUUUAAUUAAUUUUACAGUUACCAAUAGAUUAGGAUCGUCACACGCGACGAUAAUACGAUUUUCAAGGGCUUGAAAAUUACACCACGACAAAGUUUGUUUAAAUAUUCCAUGAGUAUUUAAAUUCUAAGCUAGCUUUUUAUAUAUACCUCGAUUUGUGUAUAAUUUGUAAAAUUUAAUUACAUUCACGUAAGAAUGACAUUUGGGCAGUGUCCAUGAAAAACCUGCCAUCCACAAGGACAUUUUUAAACUCGAUUAUAGAUACGUAUAAUUAUACCUGUAAAACAUAAGUAUAAUUUAUACGUUUUUAUAUAAAUCGAGUGGUCGAAAAUACAAUUUUAUUUUAUUUAGAAAAAUCAAAACUAAAACGUACGUUCACCUGAACAUAAAACAAACUAUUUUUAACUGCAUGGCAUUAUAAAAUUGAAAAAUGUUACGCGACACAGUUCUGUUAUUCUCCGUUAGAUUUUUUAAUUUUUCAAAGCCAAUUGUACCCCAGCCGAAUUUUCAUUGUACAUUUUGUAAAUAAAUGUAUUUUAAGAAACGAAUAGUUCAAUUGUAAAUAAAAAAAUAUAUUUAAUUAAGCUUAAUUCGGCUUAAUAAUCUGUUUUGAAAUGACUAAAUAUUUUGUAUAAUAAAAACAAUGUCCAAAGAA